AUGCAGCACUACGGGGUGAACGGCUACUCACUGCACGCAAUGAACUCGCUGAGCGCUAUGUACAAUCUUCACCAGCAGGCGGCGCAACAGGCCCAGCACGCCCCCGACUAUAGACCCUCAGUACAUGCCCUCACUCUGGCCGAGAGAUUGGCUGAUAUCAUCCUUGAGGCCCGUUAUGGCUCCCAGCACAGAAAGCAGCGUCGCAGUCGGACCGCUUUCACGGCACAGCAACUGGAGGCUCUGGAGAAAACUUUCCAGAAGACCCACUACCCAGAUGUGGUGAUGAGGGAACGCCUGGCCAUGUGCACUAACCUUCCUGAAGCUCGUGUACAGGUUUGGUUUAAAAACCGCCGAGCAAAGUUCCGUAAGAAGCAGCGCAGCCUGCAGAAGGAGCAGCUCCAGAAGCAGAAAGAGGCGUCAGGAUCCACAGACGGUUCAGCAGAGGACCCCAAAAGUGACAGCGCUGACACCACCCCAGCUCCCUCCACCCGCCCCCCCCCUCCCCCCUCCUCCACCUCGUCCUGUCACUCAAACUCCGACACACUGGCAGCAGCUCAGGCGCAGGCGGCAGAGAUGAGUGUGGAAGUGAACGUCACCUCCCCAGAGCCAUCGGACAGUGAGUCAGCAGCAGAAGAUAAUGUUGACAGAGAAGAGGAGGCCAUGAGAGUGGAGCCCAGGGUGAAGAGCGGGGAGGAGGUGUCGGGAGAGGGAGGCGCACGGCAAAGCAGUAGCUCCCCAUCCUGCAAACGCCUUAGUCCAACAUCAGACUCUCCUCUCAGUUCUCCAGCCCUGCCCUCCUCCAGCUCUGUGUCCAGCAGUUUGGUGACGAGUAACUCCUACGCCUCCUCCCCUCUCAGCCUGUUCCGGCUUCAGGAGCAGUUUCGGCAGCACAUGGCGGCCACCAACAACCUGGUACAUUACCCGUCUUUUGACAUGAGUGCCCCAUCCUCCUUGCCCUACCUGGGGAUGAAUGUGAACAUGUCUGCGCCCCUGGGAUCCCUGCCCUGUCAGUCCUAUUAUCAAUCUUUGUCCCAGGCCCAGCAGGUAUGGAACAGCCCACUGCUACAGGCUGCUCCAGGAAGUCUCACAGGUAGCCUCAACAGUAAGACCACGAGUAUCGAAAACCUGCGCCUGAGGGCCAAGCAGCACGCGGCAUCACUUGGACUGGACACGCUCCCCAACUGA